UAUAGUCUAUUGCCACAGUUUAAGAAUAAUGGGUAGGCCAUUUUGGAUUUUGGUCUGAGAUCAGGAAGGAUAUCCUUGUGAUUGAGGCAGUGCAGUGCAGGUUCACGAGAUAGAUUGUCUAUUAUAGACCUAUUGUCUAUUGUCUGUGCUUGCAGGAAGAUGAACCACAGCAACUGGAGCCAUGUUGAGUUCAUCCUGCAAGGAGUCCCCAAUGGGGAUGGCCACCACCUUCUGAUCUUCUUCGCCUUCAUGUUAGUGUACAUCGCCAUCUUGUUGGCCAAUGGGACCAUCAUGUACCUGAUCAAGGCGGAGCCCAGGAUGCACGAACUCAUGUACUACCUGCUCUGCCUGCUGGCCCUGAUCGAUGUUGUCCUGGGCAACGUGACCAUCCCCAAGCUGCUGGCCAUGUACCUGUCGCGCUCCAUGCUCAUCUCCGUGGAGGCCUGCGCCACCCAGAUGUUCUUCGUCUACUGCACGGCCCUGAGCGAGUCCACCCUGCUGGUGGCCAUGGCGUACGACCGUUACGUGGCCAUCUGCCACCCCUUCCACUACCACCGGCUGACCCUGCCGCGGGUCCUGCUGGUCGUCGGGGGGGUGGUCCUCAUGCGGGCCGCGUGCUUCGCGGCCGUGGCAGCCCUCCUGACCCAGGCCACCUACUGCCGCUCCAACUACAUCGAGAACUGUUACUGCAACUACGGCUCGCUGUCCAAGUUGGCAUGCAGCGGGACCCUGGUCAGUGACGUCAUCACCUACCCCUUGUCUUUCCUCAUCACCCUGCCCGACAGCUCCCUCAUCGGCUACUCCUACUUCAAGAUCUUCAGUUGCUACUGCAGGGUGGCGUCGAGGAGCGGCCGGGGGGAGGCACGCACCAAGGCCCUCCACACCUGCACCACCCACAUCUGUGUCCUGCUCCUCUUCUACACCAGCGCCCUCUUUGAGUUCGUCAUGUACCUGGUUCCCGCGCUCUUCUCCGCUGAGCUCCACUUUGUGGUGGCCAUCACCUUUGUGAUCUUCCAGCCCAUCUUCAACCCCGUCAUCUACGGCGUGCGAACCACAGAGAUCAGGAACGCCUUCCUCAAGCUGCUGGGCCGCAAGAGGAUCGCGGCCGACGGCUCUUGAACCUGGCCGACGCCUGCACAGAGGAGAGGAGUGAGCCCAGUCUCACUCGUGCAAGAAAGAACUGCAGAUGCUGGUUGAAAUCGAACGUAGACACAGAGUGCUGGAGUAACUCAGCGGGUCAGGCAGCUUCUCUGGAGAGAAGGAAUGGGCGACGUUUUCAGACUGAUGUCAGGGGAGUGGGCGGUACAGAGAUAAGUAUAUAGAGAAAGAAGUGUAAAGGGGCUGUCCCACUUUGGCGACCUAAUUUGUGAGUUUAGAAGAGUUUAGAAGAGUGUCUUCGACCUUCAAACUCGCAGCAUGGUCUACACGUGGUCCUAGCAGGUCAAUAGACGAUAGACAGACAACAGACAAUAGGUGCAGGAGUAGGCCAUUCGGCCCUUCGAGCCAGCACCGCAAUUCAAUGUGAUCAUGGCUGAUCAUCCCCAAUCAGUACCGCGUUCCUGCCUUCUCCCCAUAUACCCUGACUCCGCUAUCUUUAAGAGCCCUAUCUAGCUCUCUCUUGAAAGCAUCCGGAGAACCUGCCUCCACCGCCCUCUGAGGCAGAGAAUUCCACAGACUCACAACUCUCUGUGUGAAAAAGUGUUUCCUUGUCUCCGUUCUAAAUGCCUUACUCCUUAAUCUUAAUGCAUUUCGUUGUCUCUGUACUGCACACUGACAAUGACAAUUAAAAUUGAAUCUGAAUCUGAAUCUAAACUGUGUGGCCCCUGGUUCUGGACUCCCCCAACAUCGGGAACAUGCUUCCUGCCUCUUCCUGUCAAAGCCCUUAACAAUCUUAUAUGUUUCAUUGAGAUCCCCUCUCAUCCUUCUAAACUCCAGAGUGUACAAGCCCAGCCACUCCAUUCUCUCAGCAUAUGACAGUCCCGCCAUCCCGGGAAUUAACCUUGUAAACCUACGCUGCACUCCCUCAAUAGCAAGAAUGUCCUUCCUCAAAUUAGGGGACUAAAACUGCACACAAUACUCCAGGUGUGGUCUCACUAGGGCUCUGUACAACUGCAGAAGGACCUCUUUGCUCCUAUAUUCGAUUCCUCUUGUUAUAAAGGCCAUGCCAUUCGCUUUCUUCACUGCCUGCUGUACGUGCAUGCUUACUUUCAUUGACUGAUGUACAAGGACCCCCAGAUCCCUUUGUACUUCCCCUUUUCCCAACUUGACGCCAUUUAGAUAAUAAUCUGCCUUCCUGGUUUUGCUACCAAAGUGGAUAACCUCACAUUUUUCUGCCAUGCAUCUGCC